AUGUGCCGAAGGAUGAGUCCCGGUUCGUGGUGUGAUGUGGAUUUGGGAAUAAUUUGCAAUGGUGGUUCAAGCUGCUAUGAAAAUACAUGUGUAUGUCCAUACAAGCACGUUAUUAGCGCAUUGCAGUGUGUACCUGCACCUAGUGGUCAGCCGGAAUAUUCCCGAAAAGUGGAUACCACGAACCCAGAAUUGAUUUCAAACUGGCAGCAGCUGGAAGAUUGUCCAGUGUCUUCGAAUUUGUGUCGACUACCGGACUGCUUUUGCUCAAGGUCUGGAUUGGAAAUUCCUGGUGGGCUGCUUGCGAGCGAUGUUCCACAAAUGAUACUGCUAACAUUCGAUGGACCAGUUACCGAUCAAGCCUUUGCUGCCUACAAAUCUUUGCUUAGCGGGAAAUAUCGGUAA